UUUUUUUUUUGUUUUUGUUUUAUAUCUUUUAUAUCUAGUAUACAUAUAUAAUUAGUAAUGGGUGGUGUGUGUAAUAUUAAUAAAGUCAAAGGACCUUCAAAAGAACGCUCUCGUCGUAUUGCAAAAAGCAUAAAGAAAGGAAAUAGACAACCUGCAGUUAUUACAACCAAUCGAGUCAUUACAAAGAAAAAGCAAAAGAAGAUUGAAAAAGCUCUUAAAUAUAAAUAUUUGGCUUCAAAAGGCUUAAUUGACUAUGAAGAAGAAAUGAAAGAUGUUGUUCUCCCAGAUCCUGGAAAACAAAGAGUCAUUACAGCAUGUAUUCCUUCAGACGAAAUUUUAGCUGCUGCUGCAUCUGGACCUGGAACAACCCUUGGUGGUCCUCAAUAAUUAUCAGUUAUGUAAAUAAAUUCCGUUGAUUUUUUUUAUUAUUAUUACUAGUAUUUGUGUUAUUAUUAUUUGUAUUAUUUCUUUUCAAAGUAAAAUAGAUAAGUAUCAUGGGGAUAAAAGACUCUGCCCAGAUCAUCUGUUGGAACAUCUUUCAUGAUUUCAUUUACUUUGAUUUCUAGUUCGUCUUGUUGUGCUUUAUCAAGACAAGAGAUAUAACUCUUAC